CCGGCCGCUUUGACAGGACAUUCUCGCAGACAACAUCAACUUUUGUCGGAAGAAUUCAAGUCCCGAAUCAAAGUUUUGGAUCGGCACAUAUCCACGGCGGGAAGUGAAGUAAACCCACUAAACAACAACAACAACAAUAAAAGCAAGACCACCAACAUGGGAGAGGAACAGUGCUACUACAAUGAAACCAUCGCUUUCUUCUACAACCGCAGUGGCAAAUACUUGGCUACGGACUGGAACACCGUGAGCCGCCUGGUGAUGGGUCUUGGCAUCACGGUCUGCAUCUUCAUCAUGCUCGCCAACCUCCUGGUGAUGAUUGCCAUCUACGUCAACCGGAGAUUUCACUUCCCCAUCUACUACCUGAUGGCUAACCUGGCAGCUGCUGACUUCUUUGCUGGACUGGCCUACUUCUACCUGAUGUUCAACACGGGACCAAACACUCGACGUCUGACCGUUUCCACGUGGCUGCUGCGCCAAGGCUUGAUCGACACCAGCCUGACGGCGUCAGUGGCCAACCUCCUCGCCAUCGCCAUCGAACGCCACAUCACGGUGUUCCGCAUGCAGCUCCACACGCGCAUGAGCAACCGCCGCGUGGUGGUGGUGAUCGUCAUCAUCUGGACCAUGUCUAUUGUCAUGGGGGCCAUCCCGAGCGUGGGCUGGAACUGUAUCUGCAGUCUUAGAUCAUGCUCCAACAUGGCCCCACUUUAUAGCAACUCCUACCUAGUCUUCUGGGCGGUCUUUAACCUGGUGACGUUUGUUGUCAUGGUGACGCUCUACGCCCACAUCUUUGUCUAUGUGCGCCAAAGGACCAUGCGGAUGUCACGUCACAGCUCCGGACCGCGGCGGAACCGGGACACGAUGAUGUCGCUGCUGAAAACCGUGGCGAUUGUGUUGGGUGCUUUCAUCAUCUGCUGGACCCCCGGCCUGGUCAUCCUCCUCCUGGACGUCUUCUGCGCCAGCUGCAACGUGCUCACCUACGAAAAGUUCUUCCUGCUCCUGGCCGAGUUCAACUCCGCCAUGAACCCCAUCAUCUACUCCUACCGCGACAAGGAGAUGAGCGCCACCUUCCGGCAGAUCCUGUGCUGCCAGCGGCAGGAGAACGUCAACGGGACGGCGGCGGAGGGCUCCGACCGCUCCGCCUCGUCCGUCAACCACACGGUGCUGAGCGGCGGCCUGCACCACCAUCACCACAACGAACACUCGGUGGUGUAAAGAAGGUGAGCGUGGAUGUUUUGGAAGGGACGGUGAGGAGACGGGGGAAACCGCGAGAUGGAUUGUAGAUUGGCGAUGGACGUUGUAGCGGUGGACUCCGCGAAGGAUGAGGAGGCAUUAUCACAAAGACUUUGAAAGGAUGUUAGUAUUUUUGAGUUCAAUGUGAAAUGACAGUACAAUAAUCUCCUGUUUACGUCCCAUUGUUACUUCUGUCAGGUUCAAACAUUUGAUGAAAUCUAUUAAACAAGACAAGAGGCAAAGAAUUAAACAGAGACAGAAUUCAAUUUGGACUCAAUUGAGGAGAGAUGCCGGGACAUUGUACUCUUGUACAAUCCCCAGCACACUCUGGCGAAAGAUUGUACUCCUCCUCCUUUAUUUUACUUUCACAUGACCACAGCUGAUUCCAGAGGGAAGUGGGUCGUAAACAGCGUUGCCUUUGGUUACAGAACAGUUCAAAAGAAAAGGUCGUAAAACGAGUUAAAAAACAGGUUCGUAAAACAGUUGAAUAAGGAGGUUCAAAAAGAGGUCGUCUGGAAAUUGGGCAGAUCCUGCCUUCUCUCUGCUUUGAAGUCCUUGGGUUAGGACAAUAUAUUUCUGUUGAUUACCAUACAUGAAAGAAAACCGAAAACCCUUCAUGUUGCUUUCCCGCGUACACAGUGGAGUUUUACGAGCCUUCUUCUUGGUAGGUUUCAAAGACAGCUUUUGUCUUCUUUGCCGGGCACUCAAUGUAACACAAAGUUUUUGUGAUAACUUAGAAACAAUUAUUCCAACAACUUCCAUCAAGGUUUUGUUUUGAUUAGUCCAGCUACUGAAAUGAAAAUUAAUGUGAGUCUGGUGAAUUUGGUUUUCUCACACAACUUCUAUGAGAUCUCCGGUUUUAAAACGUCUUUUUAUUCCGUCUCGUGUCUCCAAAAGGUGAUUUCAUCAUCUGCUGGACUCCGCGAAGGAUGAGGAGGCAUUAUCACAAAGACUUUGAAAGGAUGUUAGUAUUUUUUUCUUCUGUUUUGAGUUCAAUGUGAAAUGACAGUACAAUAAUCUCCUGUUUACGUCCCAUUGUUAUUUCUGUCAGGUUCAAACAUUUGAUGAAAUCUAUUAAACAAGACAAGAGGCAAAGAAUUAAACAGAGACAGAAUUCAAUUUGGACUCAAUUGAGGAGAGAUGCCGGGACAUUGUACUCUUGUACAAUUCCCAGCACGCUCUGGCGAAAGAUUGUACUCCUCCUCCUUUAUUUGACCACAUGACCACAGCUGCUUCCAAAGGGAAGUGGGUCGUAAAAAGCGUUGCCUUUGGUUACAGAACAGUUCAAAAGAAAAGUUCGUAAAACGAGUUAAAAAACAGGUUCGUGAAGCAGUUCAAAAAGUUGAAAAAGGAGGUUCAAAAAGAGGUCGUCUGGAAAUUGGGCAGAUCCUGCCUUCUCUCUGCUUUGGGUUAGAACAAUAAUUUCUGUUGAUUACCAUACAUGAAAGAAAACAGAAAACCCUUCAUGUUGCUUUCCCGCUUACACAGUGGAGUUUUACGAGCCUUCUUCUUGGUAGGUUUCAAAGACAGCUUUUGUCUUCUUUGCCGGGCACUCAAUGUAACACAAAGUUUUUGUGAUAACUUAGAAACAAUUAUUCCAACAACUUCCAUCAAGGUUUUGUUUUGAUUAGUCCAGCUACUGAAAUGAAAAUUAAUGUGAGUCUGGUGAAUUUGGUUUUCUCACACAACUUCUAUGAGAUCUCCGGUUUUAAAACGUCUUUUUAUUCCGUCUCGUGUCUCCAAAAGGUGCUUUCAUCACCUGCUGGACUCCGCGAAGGAUGAGGAGGCAUUAUCACAAAGACUUUGAAAGGAUGUUAGUAUUUUUUUCUUCCGUUUUGAGUUCAAUGUGAAAUGACAGUACAAUAAUCUCCUGUUUACGUCCCAUUGUUACUUCUGUCAGGUUGAAACAUUUGAUGACAGUUAUUAAACAAGACAAGAGGCAAAGAAUUAAACAGAGACAGAAUUCAAUUUGGACUCAAUUGAGGAGAGAUGCCGGGACAUUGUACUCUUGUACAAUCCCCAGCACGCUCCGGCGAAAGAUUGUACUCCUCCUCCUUUAUUUUACUUUCUCCGACCACAUGACCACAGCUGCUUCCAAAGGGAAGUGGGUCGUAAACAGCGUUGCCUUUGGUUACAGAACAGUUCAAAAGAAAAGUUCGUAAAACGAGUUAAAAAAAAAAAUUGAAAAAGGAGGUUCAAAAAGAGGUCGUCUGGAAAUUGGGCAGAUCCUGCCUUCUCUCUGCUUUGAAGUCCUUGGGUUAGGACAAUAUAUUUCUGUUGAUUACCAUACAUGAAAGAAAACCGAAAACCCUUCAUGUUGCUUUCCCGCGUACACAGUGGAGUUUUACGAGCCUUCUCCUUGGUAGGUUUCAAAGACAGCUUUUGUCUUCUUGCCGGGCACUCAAUGUAACACAAAGUUUUUGUGAUAACUUAGAAACAAUUAUUCCAACAACUUCCAUCAAGGUUUUGUUUUGAUUAGUCCAGCUAACGGGAUUACUACUACUACUAACCAACCCCCCGCAUGGUACAUUCCACUUUGCCGGUCCACUACUGACAGAGCACAGAGAGCUUGGCUGUUUAGCAUCAGCAAGCGUCUGAGUCACUGAACUGUGAGUGGAACAAUCCACGGACAAAAACAGCCAUUUGUAACUUUUCUUACAUGAAGCAGGGACAAACAAACCCCAGUAAUGGUGCUUGGCGGAAUGUGACCCACUUUCUACGGGGUAGGGCAGGGGGGGGAUCCCAUGACAUCAUUAUAACGCGUUCUGAAGCUCAAACUAAACUAAGCAUUUGAACACGUUGACUUCCAGUUGAUCCAUCCAUCCAUCCAUCUUCUUCCGCUUAUCCGAGGUCGGGUCGCGGGGGCAGCAGCUUAAGCAGGGAAGCCCAGACUUCCCUCUCCCCAGCCACUUCGUCCAGCUCCUCCCGGGGGAUCCCGAGGCGUUCCCAGGCCAGCCGGGAGAGAUAGUCUUCCCAGCGUGUCCUGGGUCUUCCCCGUGGCCUCCUACCGGUCGGACGUGCCCGAAACACCUUCCUAGGGAGGCGUUCGG